ACAAAUUAAUACAUUUGGGCUUAUUGAAUCCACAGGAGCCCCUGCUUUCCAGUCAUAUCCAAUGUUUGCAGUUCCAAUACAGUUGAUGGACCCCAGUAUGCAGUAACAUUCAAAUACACACUUAUACUGCAUUCAAAAACUGCAUGGUUUAUGCCCAAAACUGAAUGUAAUUGGCUUAAAGUGGGCAUGUAUAUAAAGGUGAGACUUGUGGGUACCAAUUCAGAUAUCUUAAAGUGAGAGGUCAAGUGACUCCUUUUGAAAUUGGCCAUGCAAGUUUUUCCCUAACCAAAAUAGAUUUCUAUUUUGAACCUUAAUUUAAAAGAAAAGACACUGCAUUUCAUCUAUUGCCUUUAGAGUAAAUGACGUGUGUGUGUGUGUGUGUGCGUGUGUAGGUACAGCUCUCUGGAUGGGAUCAAUGUAGAGCGCCUGCUGGCCCUCAUCAACAAGUCGUUCGAUAAGACUCUGAGGCAAGACUACAUCGACUCUCUUAGAGGACGACUGCACUCCGUCUACCUCUCUGAAGGGUGCGUGCAGCUACUCCAGGAAAAAAAUGACCACACAUAAAUCCAGAUCAGCAUUAGUGUUGCAUCCGGUCUUCCUUACUAAAGAAAGGCCUGUGGGUCUACAGCGCGGCAGCCAUCAUCACCAUGGAGCCGGUGAACAGCGGCACUCCCUACCUCGACAAGUUUGUGGUGAGCAGCAGUAAGCAGGGCCAGGGCACCAGCCACAUCCUGUGGGAGUGUAUCAGACAGGACCUGGGCAAACUGUUCUGGAGGUCCAGAGCCACCAACAGGAUCAACCCCUGGUACUUUAAGCACUGUGAUGGCAGCUUCGUUAAUGGGGUGUGGACCGUCUUCUGGUUCGGCCUGACAGACAUCAGAGAUUCCUACGAGCUGGUGGAGUACGCCAAGAACCUGCCCGACUCCUUCCACCCCUCGUCUCUCACCGCGUCCCAGAAGCCCCCCACACCCGCCGCAGGAUCCUGAGCCACCUGCUGCUUGCGUAGCUCUCUAACUCCGGAGAAUUGUUAGCGCUGUAGCUCUUUUAGCUCCGAGGCUAUGGAGUUGAUUGAGCUUUGGAAAAUGUUUUCUCAUUUUUGCUCUGACUGGACUUUUUUUCUGUUCUCGAUUUUUUUUUUUAAACUUGAAAACCAAAGUUACAGUAAGAACUUCAUAGAUGCAAUAUUUUGCAGAAGCUAUAAUCAUUCUCCAUUUGUUAAGCUGGGUUAGCUCUAAGCGUUGCAGGGCUGAAACUAAGUUGGCUUAAUCUGUUGGGAUGCACGAUUUCUUUAUUUAAAUCAAUAAUUCCCUUCUUCUCAUGGCUGAUACUGAUAAUUUCACAUAUUUGUGUUUUAAAAAUUAGUUCAUAACUUGUAGUUUUUACACACCUGAGGGUAAGAAAGUCUUAAGUUAUGUUGUGAGCAAAGAUGGAGGAUUUAAUAUUCCACAGCUCUGUUCCAACCAAAUCUGACUGACAUCCCUGUUGCUAAUACAACAACAGUUCAGUUCAUCAAAUGUUCAUUCAUUUUUUCUAGUAAAGUUAAGGCUAACAAUUGUUUUGCAUAAGAAUUCAAGAUGAAUAAUUAAUACCAUCAUAUCAUUUAUUGGCUGUAGUUUAAUGAUCCCUAUAAUUCAUAAUAAGAAUUCCCUAUUAUCGGCACAUCAUUCAUCUGUCCCGAUAAUUAUCGUGCAUCCCUAUUCAUUUGAAAAGGAAACUUUUCACCCUUACAUUGCCUUACAUUGUAAUAGGGACCAGGAAAACCGAGUACUUUACAGUGUGCCUUCACAAACACAGCCAGGUGCUGUGUCGCCUCCAGAACUCUCCUUUGGCCAAAAUAUCUAAAUGCGCAAUACAGGUGUUAUUAAAAGGACACUACACCGGUUUUCUUUACUUGAGGAGUUAUUUAGCCUAUAAAAACAGUUGAAAGAUGUUUUCUGUGGCUCUGUAGUGAGCUUUUUAAAGUUUGAGAAAAUAACCCUGAUGAUGUCAUCAGGGUUGUCAGCUUAAAAACUCCAAACUGUUACAGGGAGCCUGCGUUUUGCCAGUUUCCUGCUGUUUUGGCAGGCAGAGGUUAGAAUACACUUUAUUUUUUUGGCAGCUGUUCAGAAAAUGUAGCUCUCCUUACCCCGGUUCUUAUGAGCUUCUUAAAUGCCAAAGUUGUGUUUACUACUAUCAUUAAAGCACUUCAGACCAAGCA